UAUGCGUAAGAGGGCGUAUGGACUUAUGGAUCAUGUCAUUUUCCUUACGAAUCGGGACCUUGUUUUGACCAUAAAAGAUAGGAUUUGACGAGUUUGAACUCUGUGUAAUAAUGAAUUUUUUCAAUCAGAGAUAAUCAAUCCUCGGAACUUCGGAAAAUCUUCAAAUGAAUCCUGGGAAUCCAUCAUGUUACCAUACUGAGGGCAAGUUCUGGAAAUGGAAGGUAUAACUUGAGCAAAGGAAAUAUAUACAAGGAAUUAAAACCCAAGUUUUGACAUGUUUCAUGAAAAUGUGUGGAUCAACAUGUUCUAGUUGUGACAGAUGCAAGAACAAUCGUUUGUGAUAUUUUAAAAUCAGAAUUGUAAAGCAAUUUAACUCCCACCAUGAGCCGCUUUCUAAGAAGGAUGAGCAGCACUGCCUCGUCCACAGUGAGUUCUCCGCCUCCAGCUGCCAAUCACCACUCUCAAGAGAGGGCGAUGUCACCUGAGGUGGAAGCGCAGCAGGUGCGUCUUGAGGUGUACCUCAACCACUGGCAGCAGAUCCAGGUGAUUGUCAACAAGGUUUUUAACAACCGUCGCACCUGGUCGAAGGUCAACCACGAUGAUGUCCAGACUGUUGCUAACUACACCAUCCAGAUGAUGCAUCUCCUGGUCGAGGAGGAAGCUCCUGCUCAGGGCACUAUCGGCCGGCUCCUGGAGAUCCUGAUCCAGGAGAACAUCCUGGAGAAGCUCUACAUCUGGAGCGAGCGUAUCGGCGAUUACCAGGAGGACGCCAAACGAGAACUCCUCAAGAUCUACGAGCUCAUCAUCGGCCAGUGCAAGCAGUCGGUGCUGAUGCAUCCGGCAAUCCUCAACCCGCUGCUUAGUCUUCUGCUGGCCUGCUGGGAACACUCACGAGAGGACACAGAGAGGCAGCUCAUUCCCUUGCUCCAGGCUCUCUGUAUCUCUCUCUCCCAGGACCCUAAUCUCCUCGAGUUCCUCUUCCAUGCCAGUCCGAGCAAGGGGCCGGCAAAGUUUCUUCUCUUCUCGCUUCUCAUCCCUUACAUCCAUCGAGAAGGGUUAAUGGGUCAGCAGGCUCGGGAUGCUCUCCUACUGUGCAUCUCUGUAUCAGCCGAGGCUAAAAACAUAGGCAAAUACAUUGCAGAUAGCACCAAUCUUUGUCCAGUGUUAGCUGGUGGCCUAGGGGCUUUGUACUCUCGUCUACCUGGUAAGCUGGACAUCUCUCCUGACCAUUGGCAUCGUAUCACCCAGGAGGACCUGGCCAACAUGCCUGACCUAGCAAUGUUUCUCAACUCCCUCGAGUUCUGCAAUGCUGUUGUACAGGUUGCCCACCCCCUCGUCAGUGAUCAGCUAGUCCAGUUCUUCCACGAUGGGUUCUUGGUUCCGGUUAUAGGACCAGCCCUUCACCAGUUUUCACAUGCUGACAUCUUGCGGAAUUCUUCAGAUUUGAAUCUGAAUGAGGAGAUUGUCUCAGCCACAGCUUACGUCGAGAUCUUCCUACGCUCCAUCUCCGAUCCUCGUCUCAUGAGGGCGUUCCUCAGGUAUCUGUGCCUCGGCUGGUACGACAAUACGACCAUCAUGGAGUCCCUUAUCCGCAGGAUAGGAACCAACUCAAAGCUUUGUGUGGUGACGUUAUCUUUAUUCAACACUCUGCUAGAUGUCAACUGUGAGGACAUCAUGGUGGAACUGAUUCUCAAGUACCUGGUGCCGUGCAGCCAUGUCAUGGCCAGUCAGCGGAAGGCGAUCAGGGAUCUGGAUUUCUAUGGCAAAUGGGCUGAGAAGUUCAUCUCCCUUAGUCCCGUAUGCUGCAAACCACUGAAGGAAACGAGCAAGGACAAGGAGGGUCACAGAGACGGCAAGAUGGACCCAUCAUCUCAGCGCCGGAACAUUUCCGAUCUUGGGGAUAACCACAGCAAUGGAACACUGGAUGCUGUGCGGCUGACGUCAAAGGAACACGUUGUGAUCACUGGUUCAAAUCAGAGCUUGAACAAUGCAACCAGUAUAGACAGCGACACCAUGCAGCAGAACGGACAUGGUAGACUGAGCCCUGAUCCAUCGGCCGCAAGCAAUACCAGCAGGACCAGUGACAGUGACACAUUAUCCCAAGCCAGCAGACUUUCAUCUGAAGAAUCAUCUGUGUGUGAGAUAGAAUCUAGCCAUAUAGAGUAUUUACUAGAUGCAAGACACGCCAUUAUAGAAUGCAGUAAGUCCUGCAAACAUUGGUCAGCGUCUUACGACGGUCUGAGCCCCGCACCGACGAUCCUGAGCCCGGAUGUGGAGAGUACAGGGCCAGGUGAACGAUUUAGAUUUAAUAGUGUUCAGAGUACCGGUAACAGAUCGCUACAAUCCACGCCCCGUCACGAAUCCACUGCUAUGACUAUGAAUGAGAGAACGCUUGAUUCGUCCAAUGAACAACCUCUUAGCAGGUCACAUGACAGCGAUAAGUACAAUGCGUUGGAAGGCACACUGUCUUCCACCAUUCAAGAGGUGCUACAGAUGUCCAUAGGAGACGAAAGUGCGAAAAAGGAAGAUGCCGAUAACGAUGUCUCGCUCGCAGAAAUUUUCCAAGGUGAGAAGUUAAGUAUAGUUGAGCUGGUCGACAGUUUGGACAAAAUGAAAACCGUUGAUGCGGAGGAAUCUAAUGAGAGCCAGGAGGAAUCAAGCCAGGGAGACAGCGAUGAUAGAAGUAGUAGUAGUAAUGCAAAACAUUCCUUGUACCGAAAAAUGGCCUUGGACCGCAGUGACGUGAUGUCUGAAGAGAGCAGACUCUCCUCGACAUCUCGUAGUCGACAGGACUCUGAGUUUGAGUUUGAAGAACCUGGUGUCUUCUGGCAGUUUGACUCUGAUCUGGAAGCAACGCCAAACAGGCGAAUGUCAAGUACGGGUGGUGGUGGAUACUUUUUUGACGAGCCGUACGAGCAGCUGCAUCCAGUGAAUUAUAAUGGUGAUUUGAACGGUGAUGAUGUGCUCCCCCAUCAUAAUGGAUUCCUGGACAACGGAGAGUUCCCCACAUCCUUUCACACCAAUGGCACAUCCAGCUUAGCAUCUCCACUUUCCUUUGAUGAUCUCGAUGAAAACCACUUCACGUUAUCGGAUCCUGACACGCCCCAGAGUGGGGCUUCAUCAGGGAAAUCAAGUCCCCUCCAUGAUGGGGAAUCCCCAAGGAGGGCGGGGCCUAGGACAAACUACAAUCUACCCCGCCCUGCUGGACUACCUUUGGCAUCAGUAGGUAGUCCAGGAGCAUUUAGCCCAGUUGGGAAGAUCACAGGAGGACCCACCAUAGGUACUUUUAUGGUGACCAUCUUCGCCAAGCUGGAUUCCAUGAUGGAGAACUCACUCUAUGUUAAUCUACUCCUGACUGGUAUUAUAUCCCGGCUAGCCUGCUACCCCCAGCCACUCCUACGCUCCUUCUUACUCAAUACCAACAUGGUUUUCCAGCCCAGUGUGCGUUCUCUCACACAGGUCCUGACAUCGGUGAGGAGCCGACUCGACGCCUACGCCGCCAAGGUGGAGAAGUGGGACACCAACCUUCACCGAGCCAAGCAGUACCUGACGACGAGGGAGUCCCCUGAAGAGGAGGGUCCAAACAAGGACAGGACCUGGUCCAUGGUAGAGGAGAGGGACAGGGUCACACUCAAACCAAGGAGUGGUACCCUCACCACCAUCAAGCAAAUUACUCGUCGAGGGUCGCUGAGCGACAUGUUCCUGAGGCGUCGUAGCCGCUCCAUCAAGACUUCAGAGAAGCAGAAGCUCUCUGCCAUCCGUGAAUCAGGGGUCGGGAGCAGCGUCACCGGGGCGAUGUCGCUGGAAUCGUCGGCCCACUACGAGUCGCUGAAGUCACGCAAUGCCGUCUACAGUGCUGUGGUGUUGGAUGAGUUUGUGAAGGAACUCGCCGCGUUAGCUCAGGAACAUGCUGUGUUAUCCGUUGAAGAUUUGUAGAGAUAUUUUGUGGGAGGAUGGGGGUGAAAUCUUAUCCACUAGUAGCUUUUUUAUGGCCAGUGUACACCUUACUAAUGCAUUACUACAAUUGAUUUUGAACAAUAUUCAAAAAUUAGAUUAGAUUUUGAAUUUCAAAAUUGCAAAAUCCUGAUUAACAUCCUAAAAUCUCACUUAUGAACAUCAAUACGGAAAUUGGAGGAUGUUUGAAAACUUCCGGUCAGAGAAAGGCCCACCUGGCUUGAAAUGUUGAUGAUGCCACACUACUGUAGUCGCAUGACUUGAGAUCAAUUUGACCUUUCCUUGUAAGCCAUAGUCACAACUGGCUGUGCAACUCUCUGCGUCUGUUCAAUAAUGGGUUUUGUAGAAGAUCCCUGUGUCUGACGCACAGGUCUGCACAUUUUUUCCUGGCAUGCUGGAUUGUAAGGUUUGCGAUAGCAUCUAUGCAUAGGCUUUGCACUGUGUUAUAUUGUUUUGCUUGGAAGGUGCUUUUUAUAUAUUUAGAUAUCAAAAACGUUGUCCUCCAUUUAUUAAUAACGCAAAUUGAUUUGGCAAGCACUGAUUUGUUAUGCAUUUAUAUUUGAACUACCAAUAUGUUGGAUACCCUCUAUACUUCUCUCUCUGUCUCUGUUCUAAUUUUUCUGUGGCUCUCUGUUUUCUGAUUGUACCUCUGUUUAUUUCUUUGUCUCUUCAUCUUUGUCGCUCUCUCUUCACUGUCUCUGUAUCUCCCUCCCCUGUAAACUGUUUCUCACUUUUCUUUCCUUUUCUCUCCUUUUCUCUCCUUUUCUCUCUAGCAAAGGUCCAAGUCUAAUUCUCCUUCUUUCUUUAUCUGUCUCUCUCUGUCUCUACCUCUCUUCCUCUGUCCACAUGUAUGUCAUGUCAAUCUUGGAACAACUAAAGACAUAUUCGUCUUGCUCUUGGCUAUCAUUUGAAACACCAGUGUAUAGAAACAUGGAGUGGAUGUAUUAAUGACAGAUCUUGUACAUGGAGAAAAGAUUUCAUCUUUAUUCUCUAUACUACCAACUGUAAAAGCUGGUGAAAAAGAAGUAUUCAAUUCUCAGGAAUGUUAAUGAUUGGAAGGUGUAUAUUUGUACCCAAAAAAAGAAGAACAAAACGAGUGAUGUUUUUCAAUUAUGGUUGAAUGUUAAUCAUAUGUGAGCUUAAUUAACUUGUUCUUCGAUAAAUAUAUUGCUUGCAUACUUUUAAAAAAAAUGAUACAUUAGUUUUGUUGAUCUCUGUGGGAUUGUUAACUUUGCUGUAUAUGGGUUUUAAGUAUUCACUCAUUAACUUUUUUGUGAAGAUUUUACAAAUCACCUAUUGACAAUAACUACUUAAAGAAAAAAGAUAGUAGUUUGGAGGCCAUUCUUUUAGUUGCAGUGUGGUUUACAUUUACCGUAUAACAUUCAGUUUUAAAGUGGAACAAUUAAUGUUGAUUUAUACUCCAUCCUGCGAUAGGUAACAUGCUGUAAAAAUGUCCUGGUCACAACUUUCUUAAAUAUUCCUAUUGUACUUAACAACCAAGUGUGCCAUUUUCUGAUGUAAAUCAAAUAAUUAAUUCAAUAGAAAUAGAAGUUCAUGUAUCAUAUGAAAUGUACUUUCUUCAUAUACAUGUACAUGCCAAGUGUAUUUAUAUGACACAUUCACAUUUUGAACACCCAUAUGUAAACAAAGUCAAGAUAUAUUUAGACCAUGACAAAAAUGACUGACCUUUGAAUGUUUCCAUUGGUAGAAUACAAUGCAGUUAAGAGGAGGAUCUUACAGCUAUACAAGUGCUACACAUACGCUAUACAUAUGUUAUGCAUGCAUUUAUUCACAUUUUUUUGCAGUUUGGAAUGAAUUGAAACACCAUCAAUUCAGCUUCAUGUAAUUAUGUAAGUUAAUGAAAUUCAAUAAUAUAACUGCAAUAUGUAAUUUAAUUGCAAUCUUACUGAGAACUUCCUUGAAAACUAUUUCAAAAUUGACUAUCUAUCAUGCACGAGAGCACUUAACAAAAAAGCACUUCUGCUACAUGACAAAUUUAAUAAUAUUGCUCAUAUUGUGGAUUAAAUUUCAAUAGUUUGAAAUAAUUGUUUUAUAUAUUACUGAAAUUUGAAACCGGUAGUAAAAGAGCAUAACAAAUGUUGAAAAGUAAAGUAAGUGCAAAUACACAUAUCUACCAAUUGGGAUUUUAAAGAUUUGAAUAUAUACAUGAAACAGUCACCACUUACAAUACACCAAAUUUUAAAUGGAUUCAAUAUAUUCUUGGCCUUAUAAAGAUACUUCCAUCACAAAAUUACAUGUAAUUAACGGGAGGAACGGACAGCUUUAAUGGUACACGUACAUGUAACAUACACAGAUAACCAGUAGGUUGUCCAGCACUACAAUCAACUGACGAUAUGAUAAUAGCAUAAUAUUUAGAUAAAGUUAUCAUUAUUAUAUGACAUUUUUAUUCCUACUCGUGAUAUUAUGAAUAUGAAACUCAUGUGCAUGAUUUGGUUGAAACCAUAUUUGAUUAUAUACAUUGUUCAUAAUUGAAAAAUUAAUUAUUAAUAGGGUACAAUAUCUCAUCAUAUUAAACAACAAAUGAAAAGUGCCGGAAAUGAAAUGAUAAUUUGUGAUCCAGUGCGUUGGCAAGUAAAAUUGUAUACAGAAGCUAAAUCUUUAUUAUGUGCCAGAAAUUAUCUCAUUUUAUUGUAAUUUAUGUGUUACAGGCAUCUGAUAAUUCUCUAUAUCUGGGGGGUGUUUCACAAAACUUGUCAUCAGUGAUAAAUGACAGAUAUUGUUACAAGCUUUGCUUCUGAUUGGUUAUCAGCAGAUUUGUCACUGACUUUUUUCAUUUGUCAAUGAAAGAAGGCUUUGUGAAAUGCCCCCCUGGUCCAUGCUGAUUUCUCAGUAAGUCUUCUAUUAUGGACCCUAAAAAAGUUGAAUACCGGUAGAACACUUGUAUUUUUGUCCAACUAUUCAUUCUCUCCAAAGGCCCAUGAACUCAUACACUCUCUGCAAAUUCUUCAUUUGUACAAUCGUGCAUUAAAAUAUAUAUCAUUGCUGCAUUGUGUAAUAGAGAGGGAAAAGGGCUUCUAAUUUACAGUACAUGUACUUUUUCAAGCUGGAUGUGGAUGUCCCCCUUUCUCUUUAUUUACAGCAAUAAGUGCCUUAAAAAUUGCAAAGUCAAAUCUGAAAAUCUUAUUAUUGUUAAAACCUGGAAGUGUCUUCUCCUCUCCACUUAUUCAAAUCUUUUCUACUAGCUACAGUCACCAAAAACAUAAUUCUCAGGUUACAAGAAGGGUUUAUAUACUUAUUAACUGCUCACUGUUGCUGUACAUCUAUUUUGCACUCCAAAAUAAUCUGUUAUCAUGAGCCUUUUUUAUAUACAUUUAUAAUAAUAAAGUUUUUUUUUAGCAUGAAGCAAGAAGUCCCUUUCCUUUCAGCUUAGAUUUGUGAGUAUCUUGCCAUUAAUGGACUAUAAUACAAGAAAUCUUACAAUUUUUAAAGGCUUCCCAAAAUUAUACAUGGGUACUUUGAGGUUUAUUAGUCAAAAGGUCAAUUAUCUUGUUUUUCCAUUUCUCAAUUUGGUGUCAUGUUUCUACAAAAAGAUGUUUCAGUCUCCUACCUUUAUCCUUAAACUUGCCAAAAUUACAAGUGCUUUGUUGAAAAGAUAACAGUUUUUAAUCUUUGAAAUAUGACAUGACUUGACAGUGAUAUUAUAACAAUACAUUUAGGCCACUGUUUCUUACUGAAUUAUUGCACAAGUGAUUCCCAUUUAUUUGCAUAAUGUGACUUUAUGCAUGAAUGUAUAAAUGAAACAAUGAGAAAAAAUAUUAAAUUAAUAAUUAUUACAGAAUGUGAACAAUUCUCUUCAAUAUUGGAAUUUGAUUUAUGAUGAUUAUUGUUUAAGAUUCUGAGAUGCAUGGAGGAAUUUAAUAAUGUAUUUUGAUAAUUUUUUUAGAAAAAAUAUGAUGUUGGGUCUGUAAAUAUUUUUGCAAUAAAUACUGUACAGUUCUAUUUUUAAUGUGCUAUAAAUUUAUAUAGGCAUAGAAUUAUCAGGAAUAUGACGUGAUCAAAAUGUUUGGUUGUAUGUUUUUUUCCUACAAAUUUCUAGGAGGCAAAGGAAGAAGUAUUUUAUUGGAACUUCAACUUGUAAAUGAAAUGGGGCAUGGGAUACUUAUUUUAAAGUAUUUUGUCUUGAAAGUGCUGUUUGAAGCGAUGUCUGAUAAAAGAGAGAACUGAAUUUAAUGCAAUCUUUGAUACUGAGAAAUAUGCAAAUGUAUUAUAAUCUUGAGGUUUACAUCUAGUUGCCAAUGCACACAAGGAUUCUAGUUUUUCUGCAAUUUCUCAACUUUACUCCUAUUCAUUCAAACAAAUUACCACCGGAUUUAGAAAUCCCUUUCCCAUGUAAAACUCUUGAUGUCCAUGUAGACACAGAAAAUUGUUUUAAAAUCUAUUAAUUUUUAGUAUUCUAUAAAUUCUUUUCAGGAUUUCCCUGAUAUACUUACAUGAGCAUCUACAUUGAAAUAUGAUUUUUAUUUUAAUUGCUGUUAGAGGGUGCAUAUUUUACAAUUAAGAUUUGUCCAAACUUCCAGUCAAAGAGUUGAAUAUAACAAUGACUGAUCUAUCAUGUGAGGUCAUUCCUAAAUGACUUUAAAAUAGUUUGGAUUUUAUGGUAGUUAUAAAAUGUCAAAAAAUGUGCUUUACAUAAAAGUAAUGGAUUAUCUUCUUAUUGAAGACCCGUUUCCAACCUAUAGCCCUCUGAGGAGCACCACAACUAUAAAGCACUUGCUUUAAAAACCCAGGCUUUGCAAUUGUAACAGCGCCCUCUUGCAGUAGACACAGUACAUUUUAAGUUGUUUUAAUUUUGUGUUCUGCCCAGAUCUCUUUGAUUGUUGAAUUGCACUAAUAGUAGGCUUAUGACUAUUGAUGAAAUAAUUGGGGAAGAUGCUAUUUUAUGUGUUAUCUUUUGAUAUGAAUAUUUCAUAAAACAUGACAAGGAUAACUCUGGUAUAUGACAUUUUAAAUCUCUGUUGAAAGGAUUGUUUUGGAAGUAUAAUUGUAUAGCUGAAUUGUAUUCAAAUAUUUCUAAUCUUAUAAUUUGUAAUAGAGUAUUAGUAUUUAUGUAUCUAUCAAGUUCAUAAUGUUUCUUUUGAGAUUAAAUAAUUUAUCAAUACUGCUGCAUUUCUAUUACCAAGUUGUACAGGUGACAUUUUAGUAUAAUUUCCCUUUCUCUUUCUAGACAUAGUUUUCUAGAUGUAUAUUUAAAUUGUUAGUCUUGUAGUUAUAUUACUUUUAGGAAAUCGUCUGUACCACUUAUGAUUAUUAGCCUCUUUUUAUUUAUCAUUUUAGUUUAUAUUAGUAUGAGUAGUAGAUGUAUUGUAUCCAAGUUUAAAGAAAAAUCAGAGAAGCCGACUGUCCAAAGGUUGAACGAAUUAGUAAGAAAAUAAAAGAGUCGUGAAUUUUUGAAGGUUUAAUCUCUGUACCUAUGGGCACUUCAAAUUGACUGAAUCAGUAAUGUCACUGUGACGUAAUUUCUAGACAACUUUCUCAUUUGUUCUACACACAAUGUUACUAAAAUGUCAAUUUUUUUCCCCCUCCAAAAUGUAUGACUCAGGAGGGUCUUUCUUAUUUUAGAAGGCCUACAUGUAUAACAAUACGGUAUGGUACAUAAUAUAUUUCUAGUAGUGCUACAAUGGAAAAUGGUGCUUGGGAAAAAAACAGAAAUUAAUGGUAUUUUUUUGUACAUGACAUAUGGGAGAGUUGUCCUUGACUACGUCACAAUCCACUGACCAAAUUGCCACUAUGAGAUUCACACAGAUCUAGUGAUCUCAUAUUUCUGACAUUCAUAACUCUCUUAGUAUUGGUCUGAUUUAUAUCAAACUGUCUCCAUACAAAGGGUUGGAUUGCCCUUUAAAGAUGCUAAAAUAAAUGUCCUCAGUAUUGCCCCUACUUCAAUUUUCAAAAACUUUCUCAAGUAUCUUCCUUUAUUCAAGAAAGAAAACUUCUCUCUCAUAUGCUUUUGCAUCAAGUUAUAAAAUAUGACCAUUUGUCUGGACGUCAGCUGAAGAGUUGCUAUAUUUUAUUUUGAAGUACCGUAGAAAGGUGAUUUUUCUUAUACGGCAAUGGACAAUGAACCAGGAAUUGUUUCAACUUGAUUUUUAGCAUGGUUCCUCUUUAUGGUAAUGGUUUACUUAAAAACAUCAGAAAUAUCAUCUGUUUGUUGCCAGAAGAACAUUAACUCAGUGUAAAAGUAUACACAUUAAUGAACUUUUGGCUCCAAACAGGCCACAAUCACUUGUCUUGAAAAUUGUACUCUUAAUUUUCCUGUGAAAUAGAAUAUAAAUAUCAUUCUUUGAGAAAGACUUUGGGAAAACAUUCUCUACAAAAAUUGCACCAUAUUGAACAUUUACCCACAGCAAGUAAUAAUGGAAUGCUGUACACUAAAUAAUUAAUAAUGCAGGUUCAUAUUCAGAAAUGAGAUGUCAAGUGAAGGCAUUGUCAACUUGAAACUAAAUCUUCAUUUGGUAUUUUUUAAUCUGUCCAUCAUUACCCAUCCUCUCUGUCUACUCUGAAAUAGUAUUUUCACACUAACAUUGCACUGAUACAUAACAUUCUUUUCUAAUAGCAUGCUUUUGAAGAGUGGUGUUUUUAUGAACCCUUAAAAAAAGUGUUUUAGAAAUAUUUCUUUUAUGAUUUCACUAACCAAGUGAGAUAUUAGAAUUGCAGAGAGUAAUGUUGUAUUUCAUUCUCAUAUUAUUUUAGAAUUUUUAACACAGUAGCUUCUACUUGUAUAUGAUGUGCACAUUGUUGAGAUAUUGCAUUUGAAGGAUCAGGACUCGUGUUGUAAAGCAGAUUUUUUUAAUGGAGAUUUGAACAUUUUUAUCUAGAUUAUGGUUGGAACCAAAAUAAAUUACAAUUAAUUAAUGAU